UGUUUUCAGGUUCACUUCCGUGCUGUUUCUCCUGAGAAGGAUGUUAUUAUCAUGUACAUUUGUGAUGAUACAGACAAUUGGGGGUUGCUCACAAAGUAUUCAAAGAGAUUUGUCAAAAAUGGAGUGAAUUUGCAUAAAGCUGCAUUUGACAUCUGGAUGGAGUUUGCUGCAAAAGUAGGAGACAUUGAAUCUCUAUGGAAAACUGAGAAGUUAAGAUGUGAGUCCAUGAAGCAGCACUCCCUGGGUAGUGGGUUCUCAUGUGCGAAGGGAUAUUUACUUGAAGGCAAACCUGAGGAGGCUGCUACAGUCAUUCAUGUCUUGAAUCAGAGUUUACCUGAUGCUAAGAGGUCCAGCAUCAGGGUUGAACUUCAAAAGCUUGUCAGUGAGUGGCUUUUUGAGGUUAUCAAACGGAAGAAAGAAGAUGACUGCAAGGCAUUGGCUGCUUCUCUCAAAUCCAAUAUCCCGGCCAUGGUUAGUUAGGUUAGUUCCUUAUUAAAUACGGGCUUGGAGGUGAAAGUGAAUACGGAACAACUAACCACCGAAGGCACCCUUUGUUAAAGUAUGACAGAAUUGCAGAUUGAAUGCAUUAGCUGCAGAUCUGUCUCCUAUGUGGACCGCUAAGGUUGCCAUGUUAGUUUCAACCGAUUCCGCUGAGAAGCAAGACAAGCGCGGUACUCACGUCUCGAGCAACAUGCAUCUGAAGUUCUCUUGUGAAGGUCCCCGAAGCAUGAAAAGAUCUGCUCCUUCUUGAUUUGAAUUUUGUCACUUCUGUACUUUCGGAUAAUGAUUCUUUUCUUUCCCCAAAAAAUCUGAGUGCAUUAGAGACGAUAGGUGCAUCAUCAGCAAUUGAAUUCUGAGAACAACCUCGGAUGACUAGUUUUUGCAGAGAGGAUUCUUUUGGCUCACGCAUUUUAGAUUGGACCAAAUGGGCAGUUAAGAGAGACAAUUGAUAAGGUAGUCCUUUCAAUUUCAAUCUGAUUUGGCA